GACCCGCCAGAAAUGUGUUGACGACCCAUAAUUUAAGAACAGCUGCCGUGGGCACCACUUUGAGGACCACUGCCCUAGUACAUGACAUUAUUUCUAAAACAAAGGUUGACGAUGCUGUGUAAUUAGAUCAGUUCUGCCACAGGCAAAACAUGCCCUUACCCACCCCCACUCCAUUACCAUAUAAACAGUACGUUAAAUGCCUUGUUCAAUACGUCCCAAACCAAUGCGAUUUUAAUGUUAUUAUUUCACAUCCUUGUUACUAUUUAGCAUAUGUUAAUAGAGGAUGUUGAAGUUUUAGCUAAGUCAGUAUUUGAACGCAGUCUUUGCUUCAGUUAAUCACAAUUUAAGUUCUAGUCUUUAAUAACUUUUAUUUCUGUAAUUGUCUGCCUUCGUAUUUAUAAUGUUCUGAUUUUAGAAGUUUGCACUGUACUGUAAUUAACCCGUCCCAUCUGUGCUUGUUAAAUGCAAUGUUAAAAUAACUUUUUGAUUUUCUCGUCAUUCAAAUUAUAGUGGCUUCUCAAUGUUGUGAAUAAACACCCACUCUAGACAAUUUUAAGAUCUACGUCAGCUGUCUGUGCGCCUGACAGAUCACAUUUUUUUACCUCUAUAAUUAAAACCAAGUGCACACUAUAAAUUGGUAAUAAUAAUAAUAACAAUAAUAAAAUAUUUACCAUACAAAAUAUUUAAAAGCGCUGUUAUACGUAGAUUGAGGAGACUCCGGUCUGGUUAUAAUUUUCUAUACAGGCGCCUUUAAGAACACCUAAAUUAUUGCUGUGGUUGGGGCUUCGGAUUGGCGCCAGCUUUCAGUGUUUCUUUGCUACGGCAGUGAAUCGGGAACAUCAAAUCUCUCUUGUGCAUCGCUGCUGUCAAUACUGCAUUCAAGAAUGGAAAGUGAUGAUGAUUUGGAUCUGCUGGCCUCCCUGCUGGAGGAAAACGAGGCGGCGGAGAGCGGAAGCUUUGACUGUGAGGAGAGAGCCGGGGACACAGAUGAGCUGGAUGAUCUGUUUGAUGCGGAUGAUGACGGGGAAGAGUUUGACGAGGGUGACGGACAGGGGGGUGAGGGGGUCAUUGAGCAGGUAGAAGAUAUAAACACAUUGUUUGACGAUGUUGUGGAUUUAGAGGAAGAAGAGCCAGCAAAAGAAAUUAUCAAAAAAAGACCAUCAUCAGAAGAAAACCAGGACAAAUCUAAACAGGACUUAGAAGCUGAACUGAGAAGGAUGCAGGAGCAAAUGGAGACCUUACAACAGCAGUUAGCUGUCACCCAGCAGGCCUUGACCAGUCCUCCACAGAAAACGCCCCCGAAUAAGCAGAAACAGCAACCAGAUAAAUCUAUGCACAUUACCCUGAAGAGCAAUGAAGCUAAAAAGGUUCAGGACUCCCCUUGUUUUUCUUCCCAGCUUAAUAGCUCUGGCCUUUUGAAAUCCAAGCAAAGAACAGCCCUUGUACCAAAGCAUCCAACAACAGAGACCAAGACCCCCUAUCAGAAGAGUGUGGGUGCCUGCCCCUCGUCACAGCCCCUGAGGAGCAGCAGUAAACCCAACACUGUUUCCAGAUCCCCUCCAGCAGCAGCAGUGCAGUCUGGCACACAGGGCCCUACAGCCAGCAGCUCAAGAGUAGCAGAUCAGGACGUCACAUUGGAGAGAUUCUCAGGACUCAGGCUCAGGAGGCCCCGUGUGUCCUCCACUGAAAUGGAGCGCAAGAUGUCUGAUCGCAAGAUGAUCCGUCUCUCCCAGCUGCCGGAGAAGCUGGCCCGGGAGAAACUGGACGAGUGUGACUGGGUCACCUUUGGGGUGGUUGUGAAUAAAUACACCCCUCAGAGCUCUAGCAGUGGUAAAACCUUCAGUAUCUGGCGUCUCACUGACCUUCGUAACCUGGAUGUGUAUAUUUCCCUGUUUCUGUUUGGAGACGUUCACAAAGAACACUGGAAGACAGACCCAGGGACUGUUAUUGGCAUCCUCAAUCCAAACCCAAUGAAGCCAAAGGAGGGCUCGGAUGGGGUCUGUUUGUCAGUGGAUCACCCGCAGAAGGUCUUGCUUAUGGGGGAGGCACAAGAUUUUGGGACCUGCAAAGCGACGAAGAAAAAUGGAGAUCCUUGUACCCAGAUUGUGAACUUGAACGAGUGUCAAUUCUGCCAGUACCAUGUGAAAGCACAGUAUAAAAAACUGAGCUCCAAGAGAUCAGAGCUGCAGUCCAGUUUCUCUGGAAGAGUCCCUGGUAAGCAGAAAGGGAAGGGAGGCAGUCUGAAGGAGCGGCUGUGCCAAGGCGGCUUUCAUUACGGAGGAGUUUCUUCAGCAGCGUGUGCAGCCUCACUUUCCGCAUCUAUUCCUAAGAAGCCGGUCCAGUCGACUUUGAGUAAUUUAUUUGUUAAAGGAGCGGACACUAUUGCCAAAGAAGCGCAGAAAAAGGCAAUGCAGUCGAAUGGGGCACCAGUAUGCUCAGAUGAAUUUAAGAACUUGAUGGAUCUGCCAACACCAGGUGCAUUGAACCUGAAAAGACAUUUAACCCAAGCUUCAGUAGGUCUAAAUGGAAAGCCAAUGCAAACUAUCCAAUCUAUAUCAGCAACUCAACUAUUAAAACAACAGAAGCAACAGAUGUUGGACGCAAGGAAGAAAAGAGCAGAAGAUAUUCAAAGAAGGUCCUUGCAAAGCACAGAUAUACCUGACUGCCCUGCAACACCCACCCCAGGGAGAUCUGCACUUGCGUCGCCUAGGGCUGCUGCUGAAUUCCCUAAAGGCAAGAAGAUCGCAGUGACGCCACCGACACCUAAAUUGGGCAGAGGGUUUGCAGAUGGAGAGGAUGUCUUGUUUUUUGAUGGUUCUCCACCACCAGCACCAAAGCCAAUUUUGUCUGCAGCCAAGCUUGCUGCUUUAAAGAAGUUGAGGGCAAAAGAAGGAGGAAUAUCAAAGGAAGAUCCUAAUGGUGUCAAAAGAAAAAGGUCAGAUACAAGCAUAAAAGAUGUGGCAAAAAGAGUGGAAAAGAGCCUUGCAACUCCUGAGACUAAAGUAGAAACAGAUGAAACAGAGCCUGCCUCAAAGAAACGGCGAGAGCAGCUGGAGUAUUUACAAUCAGCUGAAUUUCAGCAAAUUCUGAAUGCCAAAUCAAGACACACUGGAGCAGUGAAAGAGGCUGAGAUAGAAAUUCAGGAGAGGUACUUUGAGCCGUUGGUAAAUAAAGAACAAAUGGAAGACAAAAUGAGAAAUAUCCGAGAGCUGAAAUGCAGAGCUGUAACCUGUAAAACAUGUAAAUACACAUAUUUCAAACCCUUGGAUAAAUGCGUUACUGAAAAACAUGAUUACCACUGGCAUGAAGCAGUCAAGCGGUUCUUCAAAUGUAAAUGUGGACAAAGAGAAAUGUCACUGGACAGGCUGCCCCAAAAACACUGCAGCAACUGUGGACUUUUCAAGUGGGAAAGGGAUGGCAUGUUAAGGGAGAAGAAAGGGCCCAAGAUCGGUGCAGAGCUUCUUUUGACAAGAGGAGAGGAGCAGCCAAAAUUCCUCAACAGUUUACAGUGAUUACAGGCCCUGAUACUUUACACGCAGAUCCAUAUUACCGUGGUCCAUAAUGUUUGGGCCAUUAUUUUUUUUAUUUUAUUUUUUUAACUACAUAGAAACACCUAAGUUGCAAUUAUACUUAAAUAAACCUCCCAAGGUAAUUGCUUGAAGUUUUUUUAAAUCAGUCUUGUUUUAACAUCAGUAGCUUUCUUUUUAAAGAAAAAAAAAAAAAAAAUGUGUUAACUUAGCACUGUGGUAAAUGUUUUGUGAAUAUGGCCUUUUGUAGUUUUGUGGUGUAGAAAACCAUGAAGAAACAACCAGAAAACAGGAUGCCUGGUUAAAAUCAGUCUGUGCUGUUUGUUACAGGUCCUUGUGCUUAAAGUUCAGUUCCUUCAAGAUAGCUGAUCAGUGUUCAUGAAAAUUCAUUUUCCUUAUUGUGAAAUUGAUUAAUAUUUCUUUUUUGUUGUGGCUAUGAUGUUGUGAACUGAAGAUGUAUUUUCUUCACUCAAUGAAAACUUCAUGCUGUGUAUGACAUGAGGCUGCUAAACGUGCAAACUGUUACAAGACAACCAGUGUACUCAUAGGUGUAAUAUACCAAUGUGAACAAGAAACCACGCAAGUUUGUUUAUAAGAAUGAAUGUAUGGGUGGAGAUUGUCACUUGCUUUUUAUAUAUUGAUUUAAAUAAAAAAUUAUGUACAGUAAGAUAUCCAUUCAUAGAAAUCAAUGCUCAUUGUUUCUAAGAUUAGGAAUGUAUGGUAAAUAUGUGGCACUGUUUGACCUUUCAGAAGAUCCAGCCUCUGCGUCUUUUUCAUUUGUAGAUGUUACCUCUCAAUUUCAUGGAAGCUCCUUGUCCACAGUGUCUUUU